GAUGCCGCUACAGCCGGAAUAUUGUGCGCCGGAGUCGGGUUAUUGAGGCGCCGCAGUGAAGCCGGGGAAUCGCAUGGCAUUAAGAAUGGCACCAAAAGUAACCACAGAGCUCCUACGCCAACUGCGGCAGACAAUGCGAUCUCCCAGAAGCCUCUCCGAGCCAAUCCAGGCAUACAUUGUUCCAUCUGGGGACGCUCAUCAGAGUGAGUACAUUGCUCCGUGUGACUGCAGGCGUGCGUUCAUAUCCGGGUUCGAUGGUUCAGCAGGGACAGCCAUCAUCACUGAGCAGAAUGCAGCGCUUUGGACGGAUGGACGCUACUUUCUGCAGGCUGCGCAGCAAAUUGAUAGUAAUUGGACGCUCAUGAAGAUGGGGCUGAAAGACACUCCAACGCAGGAGGACUGGCUGGUAAACAUGCUCCCGGAAGGCUCACGAGUUGGUGUUGAUCCAUUUAUCAUCCAAACAGAUCAGUGGAAGAGUAUGUUUCUUGCUCUAAAGACUGCUGGCCAUUCUAUGGUUCCUGUAGAAGAAAACCUGAUCGAUGCCGUCUGGGAAGACCGACCAUCAAGACCGUGCCAACCCUUGAUCACUCUGGGACUGAAGUACACAGGAAUGUCGUGGAAAGAAAAGAUAGAAACCCUCAGGACCCGCAUGGCAGAAAGGAAAGCCUCUUGGAUUGUCCUGACUGCGUUAGACGAAGUUGCUUGGCUUUUUAACCUGAGAGGGUCAGACGUGGAGUACAAUCCUGUGUUCUUUGCUUAUGCCAUCAUCGGCACAAAUACCAUAAGGUUAUUUAUCAAUGGUGACCGUCUGGCUGACCCUGUGGUAAGGGAGCACCUCCUUCUUGACUCAUCUCACCCAGACGCAUUUCGAGUCCAGCUGGAACCUUAUGAGUCUGUACUUCCUGCACUCCAGAGCAUCUGUGCUGGACUGGGCCCCAAGGAGAAAGUGUGGAUCAGCGACAAGGCCAGCUAUGCUCUGACAGAAGCCAUUCCCAAGAAUCACAGAUACCUCUCGCAGUGUAUGCCAGUUUGCCUGGCAAAGGCAGUGAAGAAUGCUUCUGAAAUUGAGGGCAUGAGGCGGGCACACAUAAAAGACGCUGUUGCACUUUGCGAACUGUUCAAUUGGCUGGAGCACGAGAUUCCAAAAGGCGCUGUUACAGAAAUCUUGGCGUCAGACAAAGCUGAGGAGUUUCGCAGCCAGCAAAAGGAUUUCGUAGAGCUCAGUUUUGCUACAAUUUCCAGCACUGGACCCAAUGGCGCAAUUAUACAUUACAAACCCGUCCCUGAAACUAACAGGACAUUAUCGUUAAAUGAGAUUUUUCUUCUUGAUUCGGGAGCUCAGUACAAGGAUGGUACUACAGAUGUCACAAGGACAGUUCAUUUCGGUUCCCCAACAGACUACGAGAAGGAAUGCUUCACGUAUGUGUUAAAAGGACACAUAGCUGUAAGCUCGGCAGUCUUUCCCAAUGGAACUAAAGGACAUCUCCUGGACUCUUUUGCACGUUCGGCUUUGUGGGAGGUUGGUCUGGAUUACUUGCACGGAACUGGCCACGGUGUGGGAUCUUUUCUAAAUGUCCACGAAGGGCCCUGCGGCAUCAGCUACAAAACCUUCGCAGAUGAGCCCCUGGAAGCAGGGAUGAUUCUUUCUGAUGAACCGGGUUAUUAUGAAGAUGGCUCUUUUGGUGUAAGGAUUGAGAACCUGGUCCUCGUGAUUUCUGCUAAAACCAAGUAUGACUUUAAGAAUCGGGGGAGUCUGACCUUCGAGCCCAUUACCCUGGUUCCUAUACAGACGAAGAUGAUAAAUAUUGAAUUACUGACUGACAAAGAGGUCGAAUGGGUGAACACAUAUCACAAAAAAUGCAGAGACGUCAUAGGAGCCGAGCUGGAGAAACAAGGACGGCUUGACGCCCUCCGGUGGCUGAUCAGGGAAACGCAGCCUAUAAGCAAAGUCCAUUAACACUUUUUAUAAAAAGUCUCAGAUUUAAUUGAAAUACAUGGCAUUUUGAACUCUUGGCACCAAGGGGUUAAUUCCAAACCAUCAAGUCGUGGAAUUGGACCUGCCUUUUAUAAGGUUAAAAUCAUCAAUAAAAGAUUUUUAAUUACUAUGACUAA